CAUUCUGACAGUAUCUGCAUACUACUUUCUGUCAAUUUUUUACGCGCAUCAAAUUGUUUCUAUUAAAAGAGAUUCGUUUUUAAUUAAAUGAAAAACUAUUUCAAUUAAUUAUGUAGAAAUUAAAUUGUAAACACGAGAUCAUUCAAUCACUCGGAAGAAUGAAAUAUAACCUCGAAAGUUAAAGGCAUCGAUUGAUGGGCGUUUUGACAACGAUUUAGUGCAUUCCACCGGAAAGAAGGAACAUUUAUUGGUCGAGCGUGAAACACAAAAUUCGUACGCGAUGAAGGAACCUGAAGUGGAUCCAAAAAAUAUUAUAAAAAGCAGAGAAUUGCUUUAUAGACUUAUGAUCAGUCAAUUAUUUUACGAUGGACAUCAAACUUUGGCUGUACAAUUAUCGAAUAUAAUUCAAGCAGAACCUCCAUGCCCCCCGUCCGAUCGUUUACUUCAUUUAAUGUUAAUUGGAUUAGCCCAUGAACCUGAUCGUUCGAAAAAAGAUACAACUAAUUUAUCUACGUUUGCUUCCACGUUUGAUAAUACUUUGGGGCCUGGUCUUGAUUUAGAAUUUGAAACGGAAGCUCAGACACAAGCUCCAGAGCCAGCCCAGUACGAAACUGCCUAUGUUACCUCUCACAAAGGCAAUUGUAGAGCUGGAGCAUUUUCUGCGGACGGCCAGUUAAUAGCAACUGGAUCGGUGGAUGCGUCGAUAAAAAUUUUGGAUGUAGACAGAAUGUUGGCUAAAUCUGCACCCGAUGAAAUGACACCCGGUGAUCAAACCGGCGGACAUCCAGUUAUAAGAACAUUGUACGAUCAUUUAGAAGAAGUGACGUGUUUAGAAUUUCAUCCAAGGGAACCUAUUCUGGUGUCAGGAAGCAGAGAUUUUUCCAUUAAGCUGUUUGAUUUCAGCAAGGCUAGUGUUAAGAAGGCAUUUAGGACUAUUACAGACGCAGAUCAAAUACGUUGUUUAUCUUUUCAUCCAACUGGUGAUUUUCUGGUUGUUGGAACCAAUCAUCCAGUUGUGAGACUAUACGAUGUUAACACAGCACAGUGCUUUGUCUGUAGUAUACCGAGUCAUCAACAUACUGCUGGAAUAACCAGCAUAAAGUAUUCCCCAGAUGCAAAAACUUAUGCAUCGGCUGGUAAAGAUGGAAGUAUUAAGCUAUGGGAUGGUGUAUCGAAUCGAUGUAUAAAUACCUUUGUAAAAGCACACGAUGGUUACGAAGUAUGUUCAGUAACAUUCACAAGAAACGGAAAGUAUUUAUUAUCGUCCGGGAAAGAUUCUUUGAUAAAAUUAUGGGAACUUUCUACUAGUAGAUGUUUAAUAGCAUAUACAGGUGCUGGAACUACAGGUAAACAAGAGCAUAAAGCCCAAGCUAUUUUCAAUCAUACCGAAGAUUAUGUAAUGUUUCCUGAUGAAGCUACGACAUCGUUAUGCGCAUGGAAUUCUCGAAAUGCAUCGAGGAAACAAUUAUUAUCAUUGGGACAUAAUGGUCCUGUAAGAUUGAUCGUUCAUUCUCCGACCGCGCCAGCUUUCUUAACAUGCAGUGACGAUUUCAGAGCAAGAUUUUGGUUCAGAAGAAUGCCGACGCAUUAAAUUGGCAGUUAAAAGAUAAAUAAUUACAUGUUUAUAAAAGCAUAUAAAUUUAUUGAUUCGGUGACACGGUACAUCUACAAUUCGAUUACACAGCAUAUAUUUGCCGUAUGUCGAAGCGACCAAGUUUACUUUUACAAUUUAUGAUAAACUGAUAUACCAUCUAAUUUUAAACUAUUGUACGCAUUCACCUUUGCUGUACUUCGAAGUAAAAAGGACGACAAUGUCCGUUUUGUUUCGAUAUCAACUUACAUCGAUAAUCAAUAUUAUUAAUAUCCGAACUGUUACGACUGACGUAACAAUUUGUGUGUCCAUUAAAUCGUCAAUUAUGAUUAUUGAAAACAAUUGGAGUAAUAUGUUCUCGUUUUUCAUUGUUACAGGUAAGUAACAAAGUGAAAAAUAUCUCUUACAUUAUAAGCAUACAAUGUUUGUUAUGCGCUUUGUAUUUGGUUUUAAUUUUUAGUAAAAACAAAAAAUGUAUUGACUGUUUUUAUUGUUUGGGAAAAAGAUUAUGUAAACUAUAUAGGGAAAUUAUAAUUUAUCGAUACGGCGCUUAACGAAAGAAUUGUCAAGGAUGUUAGGCGAUUAUGGUACUAAUUAAG